AUGAGUUCUACAAGCAAAGCGUGGACGGUGGCUGUAAGCAUCGGAGCUGUAGAGGCGUUAAAAGACCAAUUGGGUCUUUGUCGAUGGAACUACAUACUCAGGUCGGCGAAUCAGCAUUUAAGAAACAACAUGAGAUCUGUUUCUCAGGGAAAAAGGUUUUCAUCGUCUGUCGCCGCCGCCGUGAACUCUUCUGGUGAUAGUGAAAAGGCCAAGAAAGCUGAAGAAUCGCUUAGAACGGUCAUGUAUUUGAGCUGUUGGGGUCCUAAUUGA